AGGUCAUACAAUACCAAUUACCUGGAAGAUUCAAAAUGUCGUUACGUUAAUGGCGUGGAGUGACCACUAGCUUGCUCUUUUUAUUAUAUAAAGCACCCUACACUUUACUUUUACAACAAGCAACCAAACACUUGCUCUAUAAGAGAAACCAAAAGCAACCAUGGCAAUGCGUUCCCUUUGCUUCUUAGUGUUUCUAGCUGCAGCAAUGCAAGGAACACUUGCAGUUGAUUACACUGUCACCAACAACGCCCUCUCAACCUCUGGUGGCGUGCGUUUCCGUGAUGCAAUAGGGGACGAUUAUGCAAAACAAACGCUCGACUCAGCCACCCAAUUCAUAUGGGGGGUGCUCCAGCAAAACGCUCCUGCUGAUAGAAAAGAUGUGCAAAAAGUAAACUUGUUCGUGGAUGACAUGGAUGGCGUUGCAUAUACCAGCAACGAUGAGAUUCAUUUGAGUGCAAGAUAUGUCAAUGACUAUAGUGGGGACCUGAAAACAGAGAUCACAGGGGUGUUGUACCAUGAAAUGGUCCACGUUUGGCAAUGGAAUGGGAAUGGCCAAACUCCUAGUGGAUUAAUUGAAGGUAUUGCAGACUAUGUUAGGCUGAAGGCAAAUUAUGCACCUAGUCACUGGGUGAAAGCAGGGCAAGGAGAGAAAUGGGACCAGGGUUAUGAUGUUACUGCUCAUUUUCUUGACUAUUGUGAUUCUCUCAAAAGUGGGUUUGUGGCACAAUUGAACCAGCAGAUGAGGGAUGGUUACAGUGAUCAACUCUUUGUUCAGCUACUGGGGAAGACAGUUGAUCAGCUUUGGCAAGACUACAAGGCUAAGUAUGGCACUAGUUAAGAGGCUAUGAGAGCUUUGUACGAUAUUUUUAAAAAUAAGCGAGAAUGUCGCAAUCUAUUUGUAGAUUAAUUUGUAUUAAGUCUAUGUGUAUUCAGCAGAAUGGAUGUUGUACCUAACUCUGAUCUGUAAGCCGUGUGUGUGUGCCAAUAAUUGAAAAUGAUGAUUAUUCUACUGAUGGACAAGUUAAAUAAAGAGACGUUUAGAGGAUAUAAAUCAUUAUCAGCUAUUCUAUAUUUUUGCUGUUGA